GAGUAGAGACGUGGUGCCUAUAAGCUUUCGCAUAAAGUGCCUAACAAAGUGCCUUACAGAAGUGUUUAAAUCAUGGAGAAAUGGGAUGUGCAGUGGCGUGAGGGGUGAAAUUGAAUUCUGCUCCAAUAUGAGUGCAAUAUUCUCGAUGAUGUUCCAGCAGUCAAGCGCCAUCAACUCUCGCCUCCUGCCAAGCUACUCCAUGACCAAUGACUACGACAAGAGCAUGAGACCGAAUUCCCUCACGGAAGUGUCUCUCUCGCUGCUGGUUAACAGAAUUUCCGGUGUGGAUGAGAACAAAGAGGAAGUGUCUUUUGAUGUUUUCCUGCAGAUGACAUGGGAGGACAGCCGCAUCCACCCAGCAGGAUCGUCAGAUGAGGAACUCCGCACGAAUGGCUUUCUGGAGUUGACGCUUGAGGAGCGAAAUCGCAUCUGGAUUCCCGAUUUGUACAUUCGGCAGUUGCGUGAAAUGAAACUAUUAAGGCUCUUUGAGGAAAUUUCGAGCCUGCGACUGUAUGAAAACAGCACAAUAAAUCUUCGCAUUGGCGCAACAAUCAUCAUCAAUUGUGACAUGAAUUUCGUGCUCUAUCCUCUCGAUGUGCAAAAGUGCCGUGUGGAUUUCAGUAGUUAUAGAUAUGCUGUGAAGGAUAUGACUUUCCGGUGGAAGAAGGAUAAUCCGCUGAGCUUUCCCAACGACUUUGGCGAUGGAUUCUUCCGCUUGCCACGCUACGUUGUCUCCUUCCACACCGAUCCCGAGCCGAAGAUCAUCAGUUACGGCGACGCGGAUCACUGCUCAGCACGCCUGGAAAUCACGCUGUCGCGCGAGGUGAAGAGCUACCUGCUGGAGAACUACCUUCCAUCCACACUCUUCGUGUCCAUGAGUUGGGGCAGUUUCGUCGUGGUGCCGGAAAUCGUGCCCGGCCGGAUGGUUCUCCUCGUGACCACACUUCUCUCCCUCGUCACGAUGUUCGACACGGUGAGGAACAACUCGCCGGACGCCUUGGAGCUGAAGUGCAUCGAAGUGUGGCUCAUCUCGUGCACGCUCUUCGUCUUCCUGGCGCUCAUGGAGUACUUCAUUGUGCUGUUUGGCAUUCGCUACGACAAACACUGGCGCACAGCCAAGACGAAGAUCACCAUCACCACGCCAUCUCCGGUGCCGCCAUCGACACUGUCAUCGAUCGGAUCACCAAGAACGAACGGCCUGGAGCACGCCAAUCGCAUCUUCGCCACCGCCAACGUCAACAGAAUCUCACCCGAGGAGCGCGGCAAGGAGCAAUUGCCCAGCUCAACCGAGGACAUCGGCUCUCUCCCCACCGUCAGUCCCAAUCACAUUCACAAGAAGAAGUUCCGGAACGUGGCCGAGUACGCUCUGCUGUACGCGGGCUCCCAGCGCGGCCGCCUGGACCAAAUCUCCCUCAUUCUCUUCCCCAUCAGCUUCCUCCUCUUCACCACCAUCUACUGGGUACUGUAUCUCAGCGAGUCGCGCAAGAAAAUGUGAUAUUCUCCUUCGCCGUCCUGCCAGGAAGAUGCCUUCUCGACAGCUUUGCGCGUUAUACGAGAUUUUUCCUAAAUAAACUUAUCUAUACUUC